AUGGAAGCGAAGCGCGUGCACUCCCAGCGCCUCGCUACAAGACGAGCGCUAAGCCUGUCUGGCACAGGUCCUGGCUCACCCUGGCCUUGCCCGAGCUCGGUAGCCAGACAAGCGGGACUGACUGUGCAUCUCGCCACGUUCGUCUCUUUGCGCCCGACUUGGGCAAACACACAGCUCAGCGUACCGCUCAAUAACCCGAUAACGCCAGCCUACUCAGCCCUCCGGGCACCUCUCACCGAUUCGCCUCGAAAGACAGCGCAACUUGACGUCACGCGCGAGAUGGCCGAUUCGGCGUCAGGUCUCUCGCGACGGAGAGGCGUGCACAAUCCGAGCUCUUCGGGUGCCGCUGCUGCAAGCGGCCUCAAUGGCAACGGUGCAUCCUCGCCGGGUGGCACGGGCACGCCGCCAAGGAGCGCAACGGCACGCGCAAAUGAGAUGGCCACCGGCUCAGUCAUGACCGCCUCCGCUCCCGUCGCACCAGGCCAAGGCGCUUCCGGCUCAAGGAGUCAGGCCAAUGGCACGACCCAGACUUCCACAGUCGUACCAGUCAGAGGCAACCAUAAAAUCGCGUAUGAUCCCCGAGACCUCGAGGACAGCAGCGAACAGAAGACGCUACCCCGGCUUACGCUCAUGGAGGAAGUUCUCCUGCUUGGUCUCAAGGAUAAACAGGGCUAUCUCUCAUUCUGGAACGACAACAUCUCAUACACCCUGCGCGGUUGUAUCGUCAUCGAGCUCGCGCUACGGCACAAGAUCGCUGUGGUGAGGGACCCCAAUAGGCGACGGUUCCCUCUGCCAGACAGGUAUAUCGAGGUCGUCGACGAGAAGCUGACAGGCGAGGUACUACUAGACGAGGCACUCAAGAUGAUGAAAGUAAGCGAGAAGAUGAGCAUAGGCACAUGGAUCGAUCUCAUGUCAGGCGAAACAUGGAAUGUAAUGAAGAUCGGCUACCAGCUCAAGCAGGUCAGAGAGCGUCUUGCAAAGGGUCUCGUCGACAAAGGCGUCCUCAGAACAGAGAAGCGCAAUUUUCUGCUCUUCGACAUGGCAACGCAUCCUGUCUCUGAUCCGACUUUCAAAGACGAUGUCUUGAGGCGGACCCUCUCGCUACUCACCCCGCGGACUGCAGCUGUGCCUAUCUCGGAGCUCUACUCGGAAACGGUCAGGUAUCGAACAAUCAGAGCAGUCUGCAUGGUCUGUGCAGCCUUUGCCGCCAAUGUAUUGGACAACGCGCUCGCCCAACUCUCGUUCGACGCCCGCGAAAGUGCGUUCGCACGCGCAGAAGAGCUCCUCGCCGACUUCUCGCAGUGGCCGUUCGGUCGAGCGUACAGUGCCAGCCCCGUCGGCGUCGGCACAGGCUCGUCCGAUAACGCUAGCAAUGCCAACCUUGCAGAGAUCUCCAGGCUAGCACGGCAAGAAAUGGCAGAGGGCAAGGAACUUCAUCUCGAAGUUGUUGCCGGCGUCAUCACAGUCCUCUCUCGCAUGGAUAGUCUUUUGUAA